AUGUCCGCCGAUAGUAAAGUCCGUAUAUACAAAACAGUUGUAAGACCUAUACUUACAUACGCAGUAGAAACUCGAGCGGACUCAACAAAAACGAAGAAUACGAUGAGGGCAGCAGAAAUGAUAAUAUUGAGAACUAUUAAAGGGGUAAGCUUAAGAGAUCAAAUAAGAAGCGAAGCUAUUAGCGAAGACCUGAAAAUUCAAGACAUAAUAAGAUUCACAAGAGCUAGACGACGAUAUCGGAGAGACCACUCCGACAGAAUGAUGGAAGAUGGGCAAAGGAUGGACGACCGAAUUCAAAGAAACCUCCAGGCCGAACUUCCAAAAGAUGGCACGAAAGCUGGACAUCUGCUUCCCAAGAGGCUGAAUAGUAGAAGAAACAAGACUACGUCUUAA